AUGGCCUCCAAACCCGAGCCGCUCUCCAUCGAAUCCCUGCUGCAGAAGCAAAAGGCGGAGAAAGAGGCUGCGUCAAAGCCCAAAUUCCUUUCUAAAGAGGAGCGGGCGACGCUCGCGAUCUCACAGCGCGCGCAAGAAAUCAGGGAGCAGAAGGCCAGGGAUGAGGCUGUACGGAAGGACAGGGAGACGCUAGAGCGGGAGGCUGACGCGCUUAGAUACCAGGAGAGGGAUAGAGGCGGAGGUAGCAGGUACGGAGGGCGUUAUGACGACCGCUAUGACCGCGACCGCGACCGCUAUGGACGUCGGGACAGGCGAGGAGGUCAGGACGACAGGCGUGGCGGCCAGGGCGAUAGACGCGGAGGCCAGGAUGAUCGACGCGGAGGUCAGGAUGAUCGACGAGGAGGCCAAGACGAUAGACGGGGAGGCCAGGACGAACGACGUCCCAACUACCCAGGCGUGCCGACAGGCCCCCGUGCAGACCGCAGCAAGGACGCACCCUCCGGCUCCGCGUCUUCAACAGCCUCUCCCGCCCCAUUCUCCUCGAUGCCUCCCCCCUCUGGGCCCUCCUCGGGCCCCGGGUCCGCCUCCUCUACACCAGCGCCCGACGGCUCGACCUACGCCCCUCCCAUGACCGAGAACGACCUGUCCGCGAUCCGCUCGCGCUACCUCGGCGUCGACAAGAAAAAGCGCAAGAUCCGCAAGAUGAACGACCGCAAGUUCGUGUUCGACUGGGACGAGCAGGAGGACACGUUCGCAGCGGACGCGCCCAUCGCCGCCGGCAUCCAUCGACAGGGCGCGCAGGUCAUGUUUGGGCGCGGGCAUAUUGCGGGCAUGGACGAUGGCGGUGGUGGUGGUGGCAGCGGCGGCGGCGGUGCAUCCAGAGGCGGUGAGGUGGACAAAAACCUCGCGGAUCCCAUGGAGCGUAGGAAGGCCUCGAAGGUUGGCUAUGACGACCGGCAUUGGACGGACAAGCCUCUGGACGAGAUGAAGGAGCGCGAUUGGCGUAUUUUCCGAGAGGAUUUCAGCAUUGCGGCUCGAGGUGGCAACAUUCCGCAUCCUCUGCGAUCUUGGGUAGAAUCGACUAUCCCUUCGACAAUCCUAGAAGUCAUAGAGAAAAUAGGAUACAAGGAUCCAUCGCCCAUCCAGCGCCAAGCUAUCCCAAUAGGUCUCCAAAAUCGUGAUAUCAUCGGUAUCGCUGAAACCGGCUCCGGCAAAACAGCGGCGUUCGUCAUCCCGAUGCUGACAUUCAUCUCGAAAUUGCCUGCGUUCACGGAUGAGAACAGGCACCUGGGCCCUUAUGCGUUGAUCUUGGCGCCGACUCGUGAGUUGGCGCAGCAGAUCGAGAGCGAGGCGCAAAAGUUUGCGACACAUCUUGGCUUUAAAUGCGUGUCCAUCGUCGGAGGGAGAGCCGUUGAAGAGCAGCAAUUUAAUCUGCGCGAGGGUGCAGAGAUCAUCAUCGCCACCCCCGGUCGUCUGAAGGACGUUCUCGAGCGCCACGUCCUCGUUCUGUCCCAGUGCCGAUACGUAGUCAUGGACGAAGCGGAUCGGAUGGUCCACCUCGGUUUCGAAGUCGACCUCACGUUCAUCCUGGACAAGCUCCCGUCCGAGACGAUGGAGGGCGAGGAGCAGGGCGAGGCGAUGGAGGUCGACGGCGAGACGAUGGUCAAGAAGGGCCGCACACGCGUCACGACGCUGUUCUCCGCGACGAUGCCCGCCGCUGUGGAGCGGUUGGCGAGGAAGUAUCUGAAACGGCCGGCGAUCAUCAAUAUCGGUGAGGCUGGCAGGGCCGUCGACACGGUCGAACAGCGGGUUGAGUUUGUUAUUGGCGACGAGAAGAAAAAGCAGCGGCUGCUGGAGAUCCUCAACAGCGGGGGUUUCCAGUCGCCGAUCAUCGUCUUCGUCAAUCAGAAGAAGACAGCGGAUAUGGUCGCGAAAGACCUCUCUCGUGCAGGCUGGAGUGCCUCGACCCUACACUCUGGGAAGAACCAAGAACAGCGAGAGGCCUCGUUGCAAUCACUGCGCACCGGCGAGGCCGAUAUCCUGGUGGCCACCGAUCUCGCAGGCCGUGGUAUCGACGUGCAAGACGUCUCGCUCGUUAUCAACUUCCAGAUGGCGAACACGAUCGAGGCAUAUGUCCACCGUAUCGGGCGUACUGGACGUGCUGGAAAAUUGGGCACGGCGAUCACUUUCCUCAACAACGAUGAUGACGAAGUGAUGUACGAACUGAAGCAAGGUACGAAACUUCAAACUUCAUAGGCAAAAUAUAUCUGCCGGAGUGCUCUCUCGUGCCUCUGGAAUCCCGCUUUGGUGUUGGUAUUGAUCUGAUCGUGCGCUUUCCCCCCUUGGCAGAGAUAUCGAAGAGCCCGGUGUCCAAAGUCCCGCCUGAGCUUGCCCGACACGAGUCGGCGCAACACAAGGUGUCCAGGGAGAUGAAGCGGAAGAGGGAUGCGGACGACCAAGGAUAAGCCUUUGUGUCAGGUCACGGCAGGCGGGCGUUGGGCGUCAUGGCGACUCGAGAGAGUAUUUCGGGGAUCAUAUUAGUGGACGGACAUUUGCAUGUUGUGUAGUGUACCGAUGCAUUAUAAUGAUGCCAUGUCGGUGAGUCGGGCGAGGCGGCCCUUCUUGCCUGCAUGCGCAUUGGAAAAGC